AUGAUGGAUAACCCAGAAAAUUCGGCAAGCGUAGUGGACACUGGCAAGGCUGAAAAAGAGGAAGAGGCAGAAUGCACUGUGUGCCGAGGACCGUCAGUUCAAACCCCUGAAUUGGAUUAGUAAACUCUCAUUACAGUAUUAUCAGCCCAACAGCGCUCAGUGAUUGUGUGCACGAAUUCUGCUACGACUGCAUCGUUCAAUGGCUGAUCAAAGGAUCGGACAGUUCUGUCCGAUGUGCAAAACGGCAGUGAAAUUCAUAAUAAAGAACGAAACUGGAGAACAGUAACUAUCGAUACAAAUAUUGCAAUCACAACUUUGUUUCAGAAUAUCUAUCGAGCAAAUUCUUGCGCAGAAAGAACCGGAAGCAGUAGCAGCUGAGGAUUUAAUCACAGAGAAGAGAAUCGUGUCGAAGAAGAUGCGCAGUUGUCGGAGAAUGAUGAGCCGUAUAGACGAGCUUUUGUGAGUUCACUUUUCCCGAUCUUAAUCCAAACAGAGACAUUUUUCAGAUCUGCCCAGACUCACUCUUCGCAAAUGAAGAAACGGCAGGUCGCAUCGAAGAGCUGA